UUAUUAAUUCUUUUUCCGCCAGUCUUCCUCCUCACAGUGCAGCCAGCGAGCAGCUUCGGUUGCUGCAGCAGCAGCAGCAGCAGCAAGAACUGCUGCUGCAGCAGCUGCGCGGCCAGACCUUUCCCUCCCCCACAACAACAAGAAAUCUGCAGCAGCAGCAGCAGCUGCAGCAGGUGCAGCUGCAGCAGCAACAGGUGCAGCAGCAGCAGCCGCAGCAGCAGCACGCACCUAUAUCGAUGACCUUAGCAGAUUUCCAAAUGAUGCAGAAGCAGAAACAAGAACAGAGGCAGCAGCAGCAGGAGCAGCAGCUGCAGCAGCGACUGCAGCAGCAGCAGCAACUGCAGGAGCGCAGGCAGCAGCAGCACGAACAGAGGCAGCAGCAGCACGAACAGAGGCAGCAGCAACACGAACAGAAGCAGCAGCAACAACAUGUGAAGGUCAUGACUCUGGCAGACUUCCAGAGGAUACAGCAGCAGAAGAACCAGCAGCAGCAGCAGCAGCUGCAGCCGCAGCAGCCGCAGCCGCGGCAACAGCAGCAGCAGCAGCAUCAGCAGCAGCUGCAGCCGCAGCAGUCGCAGCCGCAGCAACAGCAGCACCAGCGGCAGCAGCAUCCACCACCAAAGAUGACGCUGCAGGAGUUUCAGAAGCACCAAAGGCUCAGAGGACAGCAGACUCAGCAGCUGCAGCAGCAACAGCCGCUGCCAGCUCUAGAGCAGCAGCAGCUCCUACAGCAGCUGCCCCGAGAGCAGCAGCAGCAGCCUUUACCGCAGCAAAUGCUACAGCCGCAGCAGCCUCUGCAGCAGCGACCUUAUAUGCAGCAGUAUGAGCAUCCCACACAGCAGCAGUUGCAGCAGCAGCUGCAGCAGCAGCAGCAAUACCAGCAGCGGCUUGCGCAGCAGCAGCAGCAGCAGCCCAAGCAGGAAGAGGCUCUCUCGCUGCUGCGUUUGCCGGGGUGGCUGCCGAGUUGGCUGAGGCCUUCAAGCAGCAGCAGCAGCAGCAGCAGCAGCAGCAGCAGCACAACCACUACAUCCACAACCUCCACUGUCUCUUCAUCUACAGCUAAUGCCCUCACACUUCAGAAUCUCUUUGACGCAGUUACAGCGCAGCAAACCUCCAGUACAACAACCCCACCAACUACCACCACCACAACCACCAGCAGCAGCAGCAACAGCAGCAGCAGCAGCAGCAGCGACAGCAGCAGCAAACCUGUUCUCAGGCCCCUAGCCACUCUCUUCCCCAACUUGUUCGGUCCAGGGAAGAAAGCAGAAGCAGCAGAAGCAGACGAAGAAGCAGCAGCAGCAGCAGAAGCAGCAAGUGCUGAUGAAGACGCUGCAGCGCACCCCACGCCUCCAGAAACAGAGGCUGCAGCAGCAGCAGCAGCUGCAGCAGAGCAGCAGCAGCAAGACCCGUUGCUGCACCCAGAUGACCACCAUUAUAGAGACCUUCUACAGCAUAAGCCAAGCCCUAUCUCAGGCAUCCUUGACUUAAUAGAGGCGGAGCUACCAGAAGAAAUGCAGCAGCAGCAGCAGCAGCAGCAGCAAGAGGAAGAACAGAAGCAGCAGCAAGAGGAAGAACAAGAGCAGCAGCAAGAAGAAGACCAGGAGCAGCAGGAGGCGGAGCAGCAGCAGCAGCAGGAAGAGGAAGAGCAGCAGCAACAGGAAGAAGAGCAACAGGAUCAGGAAGAGCAACAGGGAGAUAAGCAGAUGCAGCAAGAAGAACAGCUGCAGCAGCAAGAGGAACAGCAGCAGCAGCAGCAGCAAGAGCAGCAGCAGGAAGUGCCUGCUGAGCCCUCCGGGGACCCCGCAGCGAUUUGA